AUGAAUGUAAAAGAAACAAAAACAGGACAUUUAUAUAAGAAAGGAGUUAUUAAUAAGAGAUGGCAAAAACGAUGGUUUACAUUGUCAGUUGACAGCAAACUACAUUAUCACAAAAGUCCUCAUGAGAAAUCAACUAGGCAUAUUCCAUUGGAACAAUCAACUGUUAGGAUUCAUGAUGAUAGGGAAAGAGAAUGGACAUUUGAAAUUGUUACACCAGAUCGGGUGUUUUACCUAUCUGCCGAUACAAGAAUAGAAAUGGACGAUUGGAUGAGAAAGUUGGUGUGUCACAGUAAGAUACAUCACGAAAAUCAAUUGAUGGAACAAGCUGAAUUCAAUAUCAGAGAAUGUUCAAUGCAAAAGAGUAAUUUGGAUGAUGAUUUCCUACGGCGACAGGAAUCCAUCUACGAUCAUUUACGAAAAUCUUAUUAUCAUCCUCUUGAUCCUUUUACUCCUCAACAAUUACAACAAUUAAAUGGUCCAACAAUUAAAUCAAAUAAUCAAAAUAAUAAUAAUAAUACGACAACAACGACGACGAUAAAGACUACUACCAAUACUAGUAGUAGUAGUACAUUACAAUUUUCACCUGGAUCAUCAUCUUCUUCUUCAUCUUCAUCAUCUUCACAUUCUCCAUCAUUUACAGCAGCCACUUAUACUACGGGAUCAUCCGUUUCAUCUCGAUCAACUCCAUCUUCAUUGAUGAAUAAUCAUCGAUUAUCGACGACCGUUGCAAAUCAAUCCAUUAAACCUUUUUCAUUUUCAUCUUUUAGCGAUCAACAAUUGGAUCAAAAAAAAGAACCAAUUAACAACUCCAACUCCAACUCCAACUCUUCCAAUACCACAACUGCAAAUACAACAACCACCACUACAACAACAACAACAACAACAGUAAAGGCAAAGAGAAGUUUUUCUUUAACUAAAAAUAAAAAAUCCUAA